AUGAAGCUUCUUUCUACUGCACUCUCCACCUUCCCACUACUGAUACUCACGAUUGAGGGGUCUCACAUGUUCCAUCAAGCUGAUGAGGGUCAGCAGACGGAGCCAUCAGUGCUACAACAGGCUGAUUCGUUGCUUGAUACAGUGGAACAGACACAACCAGUGCUGCAAUCGUUAUUGUCUUCAGACGAUAGCUGUAAUCUAACGGGCACUUACAAGAAGGGCACAGAUAUCUCGUCAUGUAGCACAAUCAUUGUCGAUUCGCUGACAGUACCAGCUGGUGUAACGCUGGAUCUGAGCGCGGCCAAGAAAGGUGCUGUCAUUCAGUUUGUUGGCACUACUACGUUUGGCACUAUGAAGUGGGACGGACCUCUUGUGCGCGUCAGUGGAAGCGAUUUGAAAGUAAAAGGAUCAGGUGUUCUUGAUGGUCGAGGGAAAUAUUACUGGGAACAGGGCCAAGGAAUCACCCGCCCCGUUUUCUUCAAAUUGCAAAAUGUCAUAAACUCUGUAGUUUCUGACUUCACCAUUCUGAAUAUGCCAUACCGAACUUUUAGCCUUGUCACCUGCAAGAACACGACACUAACUGGCAUCACUAUUGACUCUAGAGCUGGCGAUGGUCUAGCAAAGAACACGGACGGUUUUGACCUGACCAAAAACGACCAUAUCACGAUUACAAAUUGUACAAUCUACAACCAGGAUGACUGUCUGGCCAUGCAAUCCAGUACGAACACAGUCUUCAUCAACAACUACUGCUGUGGGGGUCAUGGUAUAUCACUUGGAUCGAUUGGUGGUAUGAUGAUUGAUGAGUCCACUACGGUGACAGGUCUUUUGGUACAAGGCAACACGAUUGAGAAGAGUGAAAACGGCAUACGUAUCAAGGCCAUCAUCGGACUUAAGGGUUUCGUCUCGGACGUGAAUUACGUGGACAACAAGGUGUUGAAUGUGGAAAAUGCUGUCGUCAUACACUCGGACUACAGCAAGGAUAGAGGCCGCUACUCAGGCGCACCUACCAGUCUCGUUACCAUCAAAGAUAUUGUGAUCUCAGGUCUUACGGGUACAGCUACAACUUUGUACGAUAUUGUCACCAACUCAAAAGUUGUGUCGGACUGGGAUUUUUCGGGUUUGUCUGUGAGCGCUUCCGAAAAAGGCACCGUUUCUGGUCUACCCUCUGGUAUUUCUCUAUAA